AUGAGGUUCUCAGUCUCACUCCCUCGAAGAUGCCCUCCGCAGGAAAGAUCCCCUCACGUGGGUGCUAAGACUAGGUCGGGAUCGGGGAAACUCACUUUGGCUGAACCAUCCGAAUCCGAUGCUUCCGCUAAGGCAGCUAAGUCUUUAUCAUUCUCUGAUCUUGGAAUAUCAGAUCCACCAGACGAGAAACUCAAUUCCGCACUGCUGCUGAGUCGUCGGACUUAUCCACCAAGGGAUUCGUGGAAUUUCUCGCCACCUUUUGGGUAUGCAGAUACUAAGAGUCCUCUCACUACCAACCAGCAGACAUCAUCUGGCUGGGUCUUGCCGGCUACGGGGGGAUCGGAGCAACAGGGAACGCCUAGACGACGUUUUUAUUCCUGGGCUGUAGUAAGUAGAUCGAGAGGUCGUUCCGCCCCCUGUCCCCGAAGAUGGGUAAUAUGUUCUCAAAAAAUGUUGUUCCAAUCUGACCUAGCUGGCGAGCGAUCCCAGUUCGCGGCAGAGAACAAGACAGCAAGCGAGCGUACCUUUGUUCGCUUCUUCUCCACCAAGCACGAAAGUUUAAGGAUAACUGUAGGUCGGUGGCUACCUAAGGAAACUCCGAUUCGAUCCGCCCCCCGGCUGGGAGGCAUUUACCUCAUCCCGAUCACAAGGAGAGGUUCACCAUGAUGGGGGUACUUUUUUAUUUUUUCCUUUUCAGAAAGAAUGAAAUGCAUAGGGGACCAUCCUUUUGUUGCGGCAUGCUCCUCAGAUUUACGGAUUCGCAGGGGGCCUCAGGCCCUACUUAGUUGACUGACAAUGACAAAGGCUUUCGAAACUAAGCUAAGUAGGGCCUUUUUGAAUUGAAUCUUAAGUAGUCUAUCAGUGGUGCGAAGCGGUUUUGCCCCUUUUCAGUAGGGGAGCGAAAGGUUAGACCUUAAAAAGUCAGCGAACAGCGGUUCUUCUAUGUAGGUAUGGCGUUCCCCCUUGACUUUCCUAACGUCGAGCUAAGUGACUUCGUAACCUUUGCGUAGCGUAGUAGAAUGAAGGCUACGCACCGACGCUCUCUUAUCUAUUAGCCUAAGCGUCUUCGCUAACUCGCUCGCCUACUAUACUAUACCCUACUAUACAAGACAUUAGUAGGCUAGGCUAACUCAGCCUCUUACUUCUACUAAUGUCUUGUAUAGUAGCGCCUUUUCCUUUUUGAAUAACCCAUUCUCAUUAUCUUUCAUAAGUCAAGUAGGCGAACCCAUAGGUCCUUAGUAGCGUUGACAAAGAAGAACAGCCGGUUAAAAGACAACGAAUCUUUUUCUUUAUAUUAUAUAUAGGCCAGCUUGACAAGCUCUUGAUCUGAGGUGCGAAGAGAAACAUUUCUUUUUUAUGACUUCUACUUAUCGAUCCCGACCCGGAAAGUGACCGACCAGGGCCCUAUUGAUGAAUGAAAGAAAAGGUUUAUGAGCCCUAGCCCUGUAAGCCCACACCUGUGUAGAGUAGAUCGUUCAACACCUGCGGCACAAACCCAUUUUUGACCUAUUGGUCCUAGUAUCAUAGGCGACCGAACGGCCGCCCCCUAAUUACUAGACCGACCUGCUGUAAUAAUUCCAUAAACACCUAGCGAAGAUAUGGCAAACAAAUAAAGUAGCCCUAUGUUCGAAUCUGACAAUACCAUACCAUAAUCAAAAGGUACAACGGCCCAAGCGACCAGACUUAACAUAAAUGUAGCCACUGGAGCCAUUCUAAAAAGGGAGAAAUUAGCACUACUUGGUGAAAUAGGUUCUUUUAGAAUCAAUUUCAAACCAUCUGCUAGAGGUUGUAACAAUCCGAACGAUCCCACUACAUCAGGACCCUUUCGACGUUGCACAAAAGCCAUUACUUUACGUUCAGCUAGCACUAAAAAGGCUACUCCUAGUAAAAGUGGUAGAAUUAUUCCAAGUAUUUCAGCUGGAACAGCUAUGUACGUUUUCGAUUUUCUAUUUACUCAUGAUCUGGCCUGGUCGACCCAAUCAUGAUAUUGAAGGAUGGGACCUUUUCUCGAAAAACAAAACUCCGGAUCCCGAGAAGAGUUGAAGAUGGUGCAACAUCGAAUCCUGUUAUCUUACUUCGAAUGGAAUCUUAGCCCGCCUCAUUUGCUUUCUUUAUUGCAUAAGGGCAUAAGCGAAGUCAAGGGAUUUUCUUCUAACUAGUGGCUGAGAGUAAGCAAGCUACCUUCAUUCAACAGCUUUGUGGUUGAGUCAAUAACAUGCUCUGGGUCGGGAAUCUUUGCUCUUCUCUUUUGCAUUUUCGCUGCCUGCCUUCUUCUUCGUGUUCGUCCGUAUCGCAAAGCGGGUCGACGCCAGCUAUAAUGGUUGAAAAUAGGGGGGCCAACCAAGACCCCCCUAAUAAAGCUUUGUUUGAUAAAGCAAACGA